AUGGAAGUUUUCAGCGGCAUGGUGGAAGACUUCAAGACUUUCGACGAGACUCUGCAGAAGCUCAGCGAGACGCUGGGCUCCUUCGCGCAGGGUGUCCAUGAGCUCUCAGCAGGCUUGCAGAGCCUAUCUGAUGGCCUGGCCGAGGAGUUGAAGCAGAUACAGGAGGGGAGCUUCGUGCGGGAGGGCUGCCGUCUGCGGGAGGCCGCUCAGCAGAUCGCGCGCCCGGAUGCGCCGCACUCCGCGCUGGCCAAGUUCGACCGGAACUUGGCCUUCAACGUCACUACUCCCAUCAAGGACCACCUGGCGAACAACGAGCGGCUCCGGAAGGAGCUCGAGAAGCGCGAGACGUGCCUGGCUGCGCUGAAGGAAGCGGUGCGGCAGCUCGAGCUCUGCGGCGAUUUAGAUGAGGCGGACCGAAGGCGGAAGAUGGCGCAGGAAGAGCUGAAAGCCUCCAGGGCUGCCUUCAACAGAAUGAACCAGAACAUUUUCGAAUGGCUGUACAUUCUGGAAGAGCACAAGGGCGACAUCAUGGAUUCUUGCCUUCAGACCCUGAAGCACCUGCAAUACGACUUCUUCGCCUCUGCGGCCAAUUCCAUCUCCAACGUCUUGCCCCAGCGCAUGGCCUUUCGCCCUAUGACGGAGAUGCUGCCGGAAUGCCUGGAUGCGGUGGUGCAGAGAGAGCUCUGCAAAAGCAGCGACGAGGCCGAGGCCUGGCGCGCCCGGGAGGCCUUCGCCUGCCGGCUGCUGGAGCGCCUGGCGCGGGAGAACAAGGACCGCGCAGGGGCUCCGCCCAGCGCCGGUCCGUCGGAGCCGGUGGACCCUCUGUCCCUCUCGGCGCUCUUGGCCCAUGGCUUCGAGGAGGGCCAGGCCCGGCGCGCCCUGCGCCGGGCCAAGAACGACACCCAGGCGGCCUUGGAGCACCUGCUGGGCCCCGAGGAGGCGGAGGAGGUGCGGCUGCCCAUCACGGGCGGCUCCCCGAAGCUUCCGGCGACUCCUGCGCACGAGGGGCCCUCCGAGCUGCCAGUGGCUAUGGGCGUGCCGAGAGGUCCCAGCUGA